GUCAAGGAUUCGCUGCAGCCAUUCGAGGCCCGCCACCGGUGAUCAGUGCUGGGAAUCGAUGCUUUUCUGUGGUGAAGAAAAACCGUCAUUGCGUGUGCACACGCCAGCCACAAGCACGGCGAGCUUGUGCUGUUGGCGUCCUGGCCACUCGGUCGCGCGAUAGGGAUGCUGUCAAGGAUUUUCUUUCACCUUCUCUCUUCGACGCAUCCCAGGCCAUUCCUUUCCAACUUCCAACGUUCGCUCGUUAUCCUCCCUCUGCCCUCCUGGGUCUUGUCUGUCGUUUAGAACAUCUGCAGAACGUCUGCUACCUUCCCCUGUCGCUCCCGUCCAUGGUCUUCGCUCCUGUGGUAUGAUUUAGUCGAACCAGCGUUCUCAAGCACUCCAACGCCUCGCCCGAAAACAUGUCGUUCGACCAGUCACGGCACAACCCAUACGCUCGAGGGAACGGGAUGGACUCGAACAGCUAUGCUCCGGCUCCUCCACCUCACCGAGCGUUCAACAACAAUAACAACAACCAUCCGUACAUGCAUCGCCAGCCCUCGAUCGAUUCCGUGUCCGAUCUAGGAGGAGACAGCCAGGAAACGUUGCGCGAAGGCGACUCCCCUUCGCGUCCGGAAAGCUUCAUUGGUUUUCCAAGGCCACCACUCUCGCUAAGCCGUCCAAAUGGCAACCGCACAUUGUCGGAUCUACACGCAGAAUCACCGCCUGGCACUCCGAACUUCAGCAAACCGAAACCAUGGGGGCUGCCAUCCAGGCCCGAGAGCUCUGCAACUCUGAUUUCGCCCUAUUCCGCGACACCUUCGCCAUAUCAAAGUACCGACGCCUUCAAGUCCUUGAUCGGAAGCAGUUCGCCCAGUCCAGAGAAAGAUCUCACGAGCCAUAUUAUUACACUCAAUCGACGCGAUGAUUGGGAUCACAUGCCAAACUGGAAGCGCUACCUCUUCCUCACUGCUCCGAUCUUGUGUAUUCUUACCUUGAUAUCGUACUGGGUAUAUUUUGUGAUGCGCAUCAUGUUCGUCUUGGACUCGCAACGUAAGACCGGCAAGAGUUUUCCAAUGGCGUGGGUGUUCAUUGGAACCGAGAUCUCUGUUGCUGUGCCCCUUUUUAUCCAGACUUUGUGGAAUGUGUUUAUCCUAAAGCGAAGGAAACGCCCACAGUUGCGCCUGGAGGGCGACGACGUACCCGCCGUUGACGUCUUUAUCACCUGCUGCAAAGAAGAGGUGGAUGUGAUCAUGGAUACCACACGGGCAGCGUGCGAAAUUGACUGGCCAAUCGACAAGUUUAGGGUUAUUGUUCUCGACGAUGGCGGUGAUGCCAUGCUUCGUGAAGCUGUGCAAAAUUUGGGUCACGUCUACUCUAAUCUUUGGUAUCGCGCUCGAACCAAGAUACCUGGCGUUCCUCACCAUUUCAAGGCUGGUAAUCUUAACUACGGUCUCGAUGAAGUCCAUAAUAUGCCCGGAGGAGCAGCACCGUACAUGGCUGCUUUGGACGCUGAUAUGAUCCCGGAGAGACACUGGUUGCGCGCUCUCAUGCCGCAUUUGCUUAUCGACCACAAGUGUGCAAUGGCCUGUCCGCCUCAGCUUUUCUACAAUGUUCCGAAGGGCGACCCCCUCGCACAGAGUUUGGAUUUUUUCGUUCACAUUUGCGAGCCCAUCAAAGACGCUCUAGGCGUCGCGUGGUGCACCGGAUCUGGUUACAUAUUCCGCCGACAAGCUAUUGACGACAUUGGAGGAUUUCCCAAGGGCUCGCUCGCCGAAGAUGUUGCAACUUCAACGAACAUGCUUGGAAAAGGUUGGAACACCGCUUACAUUCAUGAGCCUCUGCAAUUUGGUACCGUUCCCGACAGUUAUGGUAGCCAUUUGAAACAGCGAACACGAUGGGCGAUCGGAACGGUCGACACCGCUUUCAAAUUGAAAUUCUGCUUGUAUGGCGAGCACAUCAAGCACAUGAAAUUCUUCCCGCGGCUUUCUGGUUUCUUGUUCGCCUUGCUCUCUCUGUACAACAUCCCGCUGAUGAUCUCACUCUUCGCGCUCCCAAUCGUCCUAAUCUCUGGCAAGCCGCUCAUUGCAUACGCAAACGACGAUCAGCUUCGUUGGCUCAUUCGAGCAUGUUUCGCUACUGUUUUCAUUAACCGACUGUGCGAGUUCGUCCUUUACCUACCAGCGGGAUACGCUACGGGCCAACGCGGCGCUCGUACGCAACUCUGGAUGGCACCAUACAUCUCCGUAUCAAUCAUUCGUUCAUUCUUCCUUCCAAAGUGGCUCGGUGGUGCGGUGCAAACUUUCCAGCCAACCGGAUCAAUCAAAUCCGACCUCAACGAGCGGGAUCCGGUCCUCCGUGCAGGAUUGUUCCGCCGGAUACGAGUCAUUCUCUUCAACUACCUUGCUAUAUACCACGUUAUUUACGUUUACUUUGUUCUGUCAGCGGUGUCUCUAUCAUCAUCACGCUGCGUUGCUGAAAAUGGAUCGCUUCACGACAAGCUCCUCUGUCUCCUGACUCACGCAUUUUGGCCACCCGUGGCUUGGAUCGUCGUCUGCAGCGCUUUCUGGAUUCCAAUCGCCUACGCUAUUGAGCCUCCCAAUAUGCCGCCGCGUGAGGAUCUGCUCCAGAUCGAUCCUAAGACCGGUGUCAAGCGGCCAACAGAAAAGGCCAAGCUUACCGGAUGGGGCGUCCGAGACGCUACGGGUGAACUAGAGUACACGCUCACAUCCGCAUUCACUGCACUUGUAUUUGUGGCCGCAUUCUUCUACUAGAUGCGAGCCGAGCACAUUUUAGGCGUCUAUGUCUAUUUUUGCCUUUGAACUCUAGAAGAGAGGCGCUACUCCAUAUACAGACAUACAAAUGAUAUCACUAGACAUUAAUGCGUUACAAGUAUGUAUAUAAAUUCUUUACGUUGCUGCGCGAUCAAAGGCAGUGCACGCGAUGGGGGGAGGUAUAGGCGCUAAACAAAGGGUUGGUCAUUAAUGUUUGUAUGGCGAUCGUGACGCAUUAAUGGUCAUUUAGCAGGCGCGAUUCUGGGGGUGGGCAAGAGAGGACCCGGCGUUUCGUUGUCUGCUUUCAGUCAAAAUUGAAAAUGAGGAGUUUAAAUUUUGACACGUUCAACCGGGCCAUGCCUUGCUGUUCCAGCCUGAAUCUCGCGCUUGCCUCGCGCAUACAGGAUCACCACACUCUUUCUCGUUGGAUGUUAGCUCUGUGCUGCGCAAUCUCGCCUCAGGAGCUGGUGCCAGUGGAGCAAUCGUGCAUGCCUGGUUCAGAGCGUGUUCAAUUCGCGUCGACGGUCUGGCGUCUGUGACAAGGGUCCUUGUGAUAACAACCGACCUCUCACACGCCUUGCUUUAUUUUCCACCAUUCCGUUGCACAUUCUGAGCGUGCCUCUAGAAGGCCAAGAACGGUUUCAUCAGUAAAUUUUUUUUUCUUCUCAGGCACAUGGGUCUCAUGAGCGUCCCGAACGACCGUGAUAAGUUAUCUUGGUAGACACAGGGCUGCUUCACGCCGUUGCAACCGGGUUCGGGUCUUCUCAUUCAACGGGCUUUUGGAGCAGAGCGGCUUUCCCUCCAAGCCUUCCAGGCACACGCUUUUCGGCAUGUUACCCCAGAACUGUGUUGCUCGUGCCGCCGUGGGAAGUCCAUGCAGAAGUGUGGCUAGCUUCCAAGCUAGAACUCAAUCGUCCCACUAUGCUGUGGUGUGAUUCAAGUCUAACAACACGCACAUCGAUUUGGGUGUACAAAACCUACCUCCUUUUUGUUACGAAUAAGCAAUUUGCUAGUACAAACAAGAGUUGGAAAGCACUCUUGGUAUUCAUUAGGAUAAAGUCAUGGUGCGAGCUUUCGAGUGCCCUUCAACCGUAGGAGAGUCCGCU